AUGCAACCCCCACCCCCUUCGCCUCGCCUGCUCCUGGUCUUCUGGGUGGCUGUUGCUGAAGGGACUGAAGGGAGGAAGGAAAUCGGAAGCGUUACGGGGGACGAGGACAGAGGACAAGGGGAAACAAGGACCAUCACGCACCAGGACCAGCACGCACGCGGAGCAGCACGCACCAGGACCAGCACGCACGCGGAGCAGCACGCACGAGGAGCAGCACGCACGAGGAGCAGCACGCACGCGGAGCAGCACGCACGAGGAGCAGCACGCCCCAAGGAGAGACCUGCAGAGCCCACAUACAACGCCCCCUGCAUUGGCGUGGCGCAUCAAGCCCCAGCCCAAGGAGCAGCGGACCCGGCCCAGCGGAGCAGCGGACCCGGCCCAGCGGAGCAGCGGACCCGGCCCAGCGGAGCAGCGGACCCGGCCCAGCGGAUCCAGCUCAGGGGAGCACUGUAUAUAACGCCAGACGAGCUGAGUACUUACAGGGACGUGAACAAGCUGCCCCAGACUCUGUGUGUGUGCGUGCGCGUGAGACCGGCGCCUGAUUGCUUGCUCUCUCAGCAGCUACCCUGGUGUGGCGCACCAAGCCCCAGUGGAGCAGCAGACCCGGCCCAGCAGAGCGGAGCAGUGCGCCAGGCCCAGCCCGAGCCCCAGCAGAGCGGAGCAGCGCGCGCCAGGCCCAGCCCGAGCCCCAGCAGAGCGGAGCAGCGCGCGCCAGGCCCAGCAGAGAGCGGCCCCAGCAGAGAGCGGCCCCAGCAGAGAGCGGCCCCAGCAGAGAGCGGCCCCAGCAGAGAGCGGCCCCCUUAA